AUGGCAGACUUCCUCCUUCGAUUCCAUCGAGAUGUCGAGCACCACUUCAGCGAAUGUGAAUGGAAACCGCCCUACGCACAAAACUGCGGGAAGAAAACGAAGAAGAGGCCCAAGCCGCCUACCUGCCAGGACUAUGAGACACUUCUUGUUAACGAAGAAGGAACGAUCAAGGAUCACUUGCUUUGCGACUACGUUAUGAACAGGAAUUGUGAUGAACUGGAAAGUCUCAGGAGCAAGCUUGCUACAUGCCGCAGAGAGUAUGUCGAGCUUGAGGAAAGAUAUGAGAAGCUGAGCGACGAGCAUAGCCAAUGCCCUUACUGGCUACAAAGAAGAGAGGACCAGGCUAUGACUGCGAUGGAGAAACUGGAAGAGAUUACACAAGUAGUCGAGGAGGCUGAAAAAGGACAAUCUGAGAGCCAAACAUGA